GGCCUUGGUUUUCAGAAAAGGGUUUUAUCAAGGUUGACCUCGCCCUUUCUAAGCCUCACGCCCACCCUCAUCUCUCAUAGUUCGACUGAAAAAAAAAUCUCUGAAGGUCCAAGUUUAUCAUCCUGUUCAAUCGCCGUGCAACGACUUCCAUCCCUGUUCUCUUUCUUUCUCUUCAAUUUCCAGCGAUUUCCCCCAAAAAUCGAUGAAGUUCUCUCAAUUCGCUCAUACAAGAAAAUUUUCAGAAGUUCUUUCUCUAUUCUCAUACAAGAAACGCCCGACCACUAUCUCCAUAGAAACCAGUGAAAAUCCCAAAGUCUACAGAUCCUGCUCUGCGAAGCCCCUCGCUCGUCUCUCUAUAUUCUCCGCCGGAAAUCAGUUUCCACCACUGCUCUCCAAAAGAAUCUCCGCCUUCUUCUGAAAAGCGGCGCAUAUCUAUCGUAUAUUACUCAUUCGGAAAGGGAGAAAUCCACCAACUCGGCCGCCGCUCUGCCCCUGUUUUCAAUUCCUCAAAUUCAAAUUCAUUUUUGUGAUUUUCUCUACCAAUUUGAGGCUCUGAUUUUCUUUUUCUUUUUUUGGAUGGAAAGGUAACAACAUUGGAAUCCUAACCAGGCAAUGUUAUCGGCGCCAUUACCAGAAUCGGUGAAAUAGUCUCCGAAGAUCAAAAUCAGAAGAUGACAUUAUUUACGACAGCGGAAAUGAUAAAGAACAAAUCUGUGUCUCACCACUCACUAGCGUGUAGCUGCUGCCUUUGUCGGCAGCGCUUGAUCAGCUACCAAACGUGAUCCUCAACGGGAUGAGUCCACAUCUAUUAUUACCAGGUAUGGCUGGCCUUUCUUGACUCUGAAACUAGGGGGCAUUGUGCCAAACAUGCACGCUUGUUUAUAUAAUUUGGUUUAGUUGUGGUGAAUUACUGGAGGGAUUUGGGAUUCUUGGGUUUCGUUGGGAGGAAUUUGCGAAGUAGAAGUUAAUUAGAUUGGAUUCUCGAUAAAGCAGAAGAUGAUUAUGUUGAUUUACAAUUGCUCAUACUUCUCGAUAAAGCAGAAGACGAACUAAGUGCUCUAUAAGUGCAACCUCAAUAAAUAAGGGUAAUGAUUAUUGCUUGUCGAAAUUUAGCAUUAUUUAUUUCUUUUCAAGACAUGUGAACAUGAUCAAAUGCAUAUAUUAAUAAAUGAUAUGGAACUGCUCAUUAAUUGCUUUGAUAGUUGAACCGCAUGCUGCAUGUAAGUGGACCUUUAACUAUUGUGGGUUCAUUACCCACAUGAUUUAUGAUUUACGGCCCUGCCUUUAAGGGCUCUCCUAUGUUACUAAUAUUUGUGCUUAAGAAUUUUUGUAGCACAUGAUAAGCAUAUUUUGGGAAAACACUUGAACAAGUGUGAUACAUGCUAUAUUACAACAUGGGAAACCCACUAAAUAGUGAUGAUUCAGGUAUGGAUACGUGGAAAACACCGACGCAUGGUGUCAUUGCUAGUUUCAACUUUUCUCAGAGGGGUGCUAUUGAACCAUCUCCAGCUGCGCAGACUGUAGGCAGUGCUGCGCGAGCCAUUGCCGCGGGGUCUUCCAGCUCUCGGCGCCCCCUAGUUGAUCCCUUCCAGCUUCGCGAUGAGGAUACUGGAAAAGAGCGAUCCUCUGGUUCUGAAGAAGCGAAAAGGUGUUUCGACUAAGAAGCAAUCUCAGCAGAAGAAAAAGAAAACCCCAACGCCUGUGGCGCAGCCGGAGACCGUCGUACUGAACUCAGAGGAUGCCACCUCCUCUGCUCGGAGGCCUGUUUCUCCUCACCGUCCUUGCGAUGUUGGGGUGUCCUUUGGAAUGGGCAUCGCCCCUCGUGCCCUUGGAGAUCUGACCGGUGAAGAAUGUCGGUCUCCAAUGAUCGCCCAGAUUGCUCCGGCUGAUCUCCAAGCUCGGGAGUCCUUGAGCCGCCAGCAAAUGGCAGAUGGCCUUGUGAUGACAAUUGAGACGGCUAGGGUUGAAAGUCUGGCCCUUGCUCGAAGUCUCCUCCGUGCAGAGGGCGAGGUUCAGGCCAAAGAUAAGAAGUUCCUAGCGGCGCUGGCCCGGUGUACUACUGCUGAAGAGGAAACUCGCCGUUUGCGAGAGGAGAACGAGAGGCUGAAGGCUGAAAGGUUAUCCGUUGAUACAGAGCUGGCUCGGGUUCGGGGAGAGUUAGCGCGUGUGAAUCAUGAGAAGGAGAAAGAGCUCGCGGCAGCUGCUCAGGAUUGUACGGAGAAGUUGGCUGCCCUCAAGCAGGAGAUCGUGGCGAAGGAGAACUUGGCCUUCCAGAAUGGCAUCAAGCAACACCGGCUGCGCUAUUUUCUUUCUGCAGAGGGUCACGCGUUCUUACGUAUCAUGUUGCAAGAGACCAUCAUCGCAUUCACCCGUACCCCCGAGUUGCUGACUGCUGCAGCCCCAGCUUGUCAAGGAGUCUACCCAGAUUACCCUUAAUUUGACCCAAGCUUCUCCUGAGCAGAGGGCCCUGUGCGGAAAUGAGGCGGUGCUGAACGCCAUCGAUUCCGGUGCUCUUGGAAAAAUGUUGGGUAUCCGUGCUGACUCGCCACCAACUCCGGAGUGGUGGUUCCCUGUCAUAGACAAGGCCAUUAACUUGUUUGUGACGGGCCGCGGUGAUGACCCUCCGCCUACUCUGCCUACCCAACCCUUUAUUAGGACGCCUUAUCUGGACGAGAUCCGUUCUCGUAUCCGAUCAGUUCGGGAUAACUACCCGGGUGGUGGAGUGUUCUAUGAGCCAGCUCCCGUGGUUAUGGCGGUGCCGCUCCCUCCAGAACAUGAAUCUCCACAGCGUGAACCCUCCGAUAGGGACAGCGGCGGUGACACGGACGAGGAGGUGCAGAUGGAGAAGCCCCCGACUCCAACUCCCAAUCCUUAGAUUCUUAAACGUUUCUAUUGUUUGGUCUGUAAAAACUUUGAAUAUUUGUCUCUGAUAUUUGGACUUUUUUGAUAACAAAUUAGCGUAGCUCGUUUGCUAUUUAUGUCUAGAUGGAUCUUCCUUAUCUCUUUUCCUUAUGUCUCUGAUACUUAAAGAUGAAUUUUCUUGUA